UCUGGAACAGCCAGCAUCCGAGCAGCGCCUGCCCAGGGCUCCCCGCACACUUGCGGAGGGGCUAGAAGGGACAGGGAAAGUGUGACCUGUCACACAUCCUACCGUCCGGGUUUUGGAGAGGCUCACGCUAAGGUCCUCCUCAAAUUUCCCCCUUCUUAAAAAUGUGGGCCACACCUCCGGAGGGUUUGGAAGUUCCUAGAAGGGCUGGCGUUUAUCGUGGACUCCUGGGGCUCCCUUUGACCUCAGGAAUUUUCGGGGAAGGCUGAGGCAUUCAGUAACCUCUGGGAUCCAGACCAGGCUGCUCCCAGCGGCUGUUUUCUUUAGACGUCAAAGAAGUGGAAUUUGCCCAAGAGGCUCAGAAAAUCUCUUCCCACUCAAUAAAUCCUGUUUGAAAUGGAGGGUAAUGGUUUCAGGGACGUGUUCUAGAUGGAUCGUAGCAGUUAGAGAACAAGGGUUCACCACCCGCAUGCCUUGAUGACACAGGUCCUGGGUCAGGGCCAGGCCGGAGGACAAACGGCCCAUCCUGACAGAGGGAGACUUUGUAAAGGGAAACCUCGGGCUGGCGCAGGGCCACGCCACGGGCUGAGGGCGUGGGGAGUGCGAGGCCAGAGGACGUCACACAGGCAGGGGACGGGAGGACAGGGAAGGGCGGGAGGGACCCUCUUUGAGGCCGUUGCAGGGAAUCCAGUCUUGCCAGCUUUGGCUGCAGCACAGUGGUGUCGCCAGUGGGCCGUGACCAAUAGUGACGGUCACUGCCCUGUGCCACACGGGGGGUUUGGUCCGGAAGCUCUGGCCUCAGAGGGCCCACGACUCUGGGUGCUGUUAAAGAAACAACCGUGCGUGACAGUGUCAAAGGUGGAAAGGCAGACUUUAUCCGAGGGGCAGGAUCAGCACAGGCUCGGGGACCACCGCAAAGAGCUCUCGCCGUGGGGGGGAGAGGGGACAUCCAGGCUGGUCAGGUUCCGAGGGCCGGGGACCUUUGCUGAACGGAUAUAGCAGGACUCUUGCUCACACUGGAUUCCGCAAGGACAGAGAGGGAAGCCCAAGGCGGGGCCCCGCUGAGCAGAGGACUCGGAGGAGCCCCCCUGCACUGUUGGUCAAAGACGAGAGUCUUCGUCAGCGCCCGUACUUUGACCAGGUGGCCGGGAGCCCUGCUGUGGCCCAAUGGGAGAGAGAACGGGCCAUCGGACACUCACGUCACCGGGGACGUGUAAGUACUCACGCAGUGUGUGUGUCGUGAUGUCUUCUACACAUGAUGUAUUCAUGUUGCAAAGAAUGCCAAUAAAAACAAACUAACAUUUUUAUGGUACUUUACAGCUUACAAACUCGUGUGUGCAUUUUCUAGUUGAUCUGAACACUGGGGGAGGAAGCUGCCCCGAGAACACCGUGUGGGAGCACACAGGUGUGACUUAGAUAGCCUAGGUGUCAUCACCAACAUCAUCGUCAUCCUCCCCGUUUUGCAGGUGAGAGAGUUGAGGCUCAGAGAAGUUGGGGCUGCCUGCAGUAUGAGAAACAGACGGGAGAGGCGGGGCAUGUGGCUAUGGCACCUCUGCCGUCAUUAUUGCUCUUCCUGCCUGUCCCGUUCAGUGAGCACAUACUUUGUGCCCGGCCUUACGAUAGCCCCGCAGAGAAGAAACUGAGCCUUGGAGAGUAACUUGCUCCAGCGGUGAUUGUCACAGCUGGACUUUGAACUCGGGUCCUCUGAGUCCAUGCUCUGCUGAAUCCCUGGUCCUUUCUGUCCUCGGGGUGUGGGUCCCCCCAAACCCUAGGCACACAGGGAGGGCUCUUCUAGCCCCGAGGCCGGGGUAGGACUAGCACAUGCCUUACAGCUAAACCGGCUCAAGUCUGACUUUCUCUUGCGAGGUUGUUGGUAUCACAGUUUGUCCUCGGGCCUAUCUGAGCCCUGUUUUAACGGGAGAGCCCGUGUGUUUGAAUUUUGAGGUGUGUGUUGGGGAAUCACAUCUUCUGGCCUCCUCACUCCUCUCACGGGCCCGAGAUUCAGCCUCCCCGAGCGCAGAAUCGUGCAGAUGCAGAUCAAAUCGUCACUUCAGUCCAGAAAAACUCCUGCAGUUGUCUCCGGAGCCGGCGGAGGUGUCUGCAGGCUCUCCGUCUUUGAGGUUCAGGCGGGGGCGGGUUGCCUUUUCCCCUCGUGCUGCCGGCUGGUGCGUGUGGCUCUGCCUUUUCCUCUUCUUUUUCCUCCAGGCUUGUUUUUAAUGAAAAGAAAUGGCAGCCGGCCGCAUCCCUGAAGCUUUUUAGCGGGGCUCCUGUAAUGAGGUUGGCUGAAACUCUGGAUGGGAGAUGUGUCCCUCCGUAGGCUCAGAUGCAGGAGUUUAACCUUCCGUGAUGUCUGCGGCCUUCUUCUUUGGAGCCAGCUCGGUUUGCCCCUUCAGAGGUGUCAGCCCCGGCCUUGCCAAGUUUGGAGUUUACACUCCACUGCCGGGGACUUACACAAGUGUGAAAAUAGAUUCCCUCCAAGUCUGACUCAGACCGUGGCACGCUUCAAGGAAAAUUUUUUCCAUGAAAGUUAAGUGCGAUUAACGAGGAGGGCCCCGGUGGGAGAGAGAACUGGCCAGGGUUGGCCGUGAUGCCAGUUACGCAGCGCCCGACACACACGCAGGACGCGGAACGGAGCGGCUGCCGCUGUCCCCAACGCCGGGCGGUCACCAGGUAGGUAUGAGUGAUUUCAGUGAAGAAUUGGAAAGGUCUGUGACAAAGGAUGACCAGGUGGAAAGGUCUGUGCCCUGUGGCACAGGAAUGCAUUUUCCUUGGCUUCAAAGUUACAUAGAAACCGUGGUGAUUGGAGGGAAGAAGAAGAAGGAUUUUGCUCAGACGACGAGUGCUUGUUUAAGUCGUAUCCAGGAAGCUCUGCUGAAGCACCAGUGGUGGCGAGCUGCGGAGUACACGCACAGCUACCUUCAGACCCUGGAGGAUUCGGACGGCUACAAGCGGCAUGCGGCACCUGAGAUUAUUUGGAAGCUUGGAAGUGAAAUUCUGUUUUAUCAUCCCAAAAGCAACGUGGAGACUUUCAAUACUUUUGCUGACCGGAUGAAAAAUAUUGGUGUCAUGAAUUAUUUAAAGAUUUCCUUACAACAUGCCUUAUACCUUCUGCAUCAUGGAAUGCUUGAGGAUGCCGACAGAAAUCUGAGUCAGGCGGAGACAUGGAGAUACGGUGAAAAGUCAUCUUCCCAGCAAGUGUUAAUCAACCUUGUUCAGGCCUACAGAGGGCUUUUGCAGUACUAUAAUUGGUCGACAAAGAAGAAGGAAUUGUCAAAGCUUGAUAAGCAGGAUUAUGCUUAUGGCACUGCAACCCGAAGUAUGGUCAACCGCAGCUGGAAGACAUCUGUAAAUAUUGGUGCAUUGAUUAAAAUUCCUGGAGUUUGGGACCCUUUUGUGAAGAGUUAUGUAGAGAUGCUGGAGUUCUAUGGGGAUCAAGAUGCAGCCCGAGAGGUACUCACCAAUUAUGCGUAUGAUGAAAAGUUCCCAUCAAAUCCGAACGCUCAUAUCUACUUAUACAACUUUCUAAAGAGAAAGAAGGCCCCAAGAGCAGAGCUGCUAAGUGCGCUGAAGAUUUUGUAUCAGAUUGUACCAUCUCAUAAAUUGAUGUUGGAAUUUCAUACAUUACUCAGGAAGUCAGAAGAAGAAGAGCACCAUAAACUGGCAUUGGAGGUGUUGUUUGGAGUUUUAGAUUUUGCUGGAUGCACUAGGAAUGUAACUGCUUGGAAAUAUUUGGCAAAAUAUCUGAGACAGACCUUAGUGGGAAACCACCCCGUGUGGGUUCAGGAGCAGUGGAGCGCCAGGAAGAACUGGUGGCCAAACUUUCACUUCAGCUGCUAUUGGGCAAAGAGGGAUUGGAAGGAAGAUACAGCGCUGGCUUGUGAGAAAGCUUUCGUAGCAGGAAUACUGUUAGGAAAAGGUUGUAGAUAUUUUCGGUAUAUUUCAAAACAAGAUCACGAAGUCUUAAGGAAGAAAAUUAAGCGGAUGAAGAAAUCAGUAAAAAAAUACAGUAUUGUAAAUCCAGGACUCUGAUGUGACUCUUAGUUAUUUCCCAGUGGUAGCUACAGAGUGGUGGCUCAGCAUUUAGUUACUGAAUGGAUUUAUGUAAUGUUUUAAGAAGGUAGUUUACAUGACCUCAAAAAAGUUAUUUUUGUAUAUUUUUAUAUAUUUUUUACUAUCAGUUAUAGCUAAGGAAACAGUUUCACUGCCUUUGCUCUUUAUAAAUAUGUAUGUUUUCUAUUUUGUAAUGUUAAAUAUAACAUUUAUUACGGAAUAAUUCCUCAAAUGAAAAAAUAUUUAAGGAGUACAGCUCUACAGCAAUUACUGUUUGAAGAUAAUUUGUCUCUGACUAUUGUAUAAUAAAAUAUAACUUGU